AUGGCCUUCAACAGCAUCAACAUUGAAAUCCCAUCUGUCGACUUGACCGACCUCGACUUUCUCGCAAGUCUUAUUUCUCCUGAAAUAGCUUCUGCAUCUCCGACCGCUUCGCCAAUUUCUCCUGCAUCUUCCGGCUACGCUUCGGAGCUCUACGCGACUUCAUCCACUGGCUCAAGCUCGCCAACAUCGACUUACUACUAUCCAUCCCCCGCUCAAUAUUCUUCUUACGAUCCUUCUUCUACUCCAACUGCUACUCCUUCUUACUACCGACCAACAAGUCAAUAUUUCUUCCCAACAACGUUCACCCACGCCAUCGCUCCACCAUCAGCUCCAGCAACCUUUGACCCAGCGAUUCUUCAAUCAAGCAUGACUUCGUUUCUCGCUCAAGAUCACUCACCGGUCUACGGAGACAAACCAUUGACCAUCGAAAAGUCGGGCCUCAAAAAUCGACGCGCUUCGCGAUCAAAGUGCCCCUGUCUCAAAUGCUGCCACGCUCGAGCUAACCACAUUCCUUCACCAACUUAUCAUGGCUGCAUCGUCAAAGGCUGCCAAAAAACUUACACUCGACCAGCUCAUCUUCGAAGUCACCUGAAGUCACACGACAACGAUUCCCAUCUGAAAUGUGUUAUUUGUUCUGAAAACUUCAUGACUUCCGACAUGCUCAUUUCCCACAUGUUUGAGCAUGGUCAAGGAAUGAAACUGUAA